AGCUAUCUUGUCGUCAUCCAGGUGAAAUGAUCCGGAAGACGUCGUACGUGACGCGACGCAAUCAUCAAACAUGGCUGACGAGGAAAACACAAACAUGGAAGUCAAUAAGGAAAAGAAGAAACCUUUUGCAAACACAGAAAAGCCACUCGUUGACGAGGUUACCCAAAGAAUAGGCAGUCACAAGAAUGUCGAGGGCAAGAAAGACGCCGGUGAGAGCCGCUCCACGACGGAGUACUGCGAGAAGCUGCAGGGGUGGAUGUGGCAGUACUACACUGGGUAUAUGAACUGGCAGAGCUGGAUGGCAGCGUCAGCCAUGUCCUACCCAUAUUAUUUACAGUCAGACAGUGGGACCUCGACGACACCGCUUGAUAUCAACUCCCACAGCUGGUAUACCGGUGCGUUUGGUCUUCCGCUGUCGCCUUAUCCACCUGCUGUCACCUCCCAAAGCAGCCGGGCAGGUGAAGCCGCUGGCGGGGGUGCGGUGGCCGCUCAGCCGCAGCAGCAGCAGCCGCAGGAGAAUGGAAAUGCACCGAGACCAGGUCGGGAGUACAGCAUUCCCUCACCUCUCCAAAGACUCCUGGCCGAGAUGGUGGAUUUCUUCAUUCUGUUUUUCAUCAAAGCAACCAUAAUCAUCAGUAUUAUGCAUCUAAGUGGAAUCAAGGAUGUUUCAAAAUUUGCCAUGCAUUUCAUAGUGGAGGAAAUAGAUGAGGACACGUCGAUGGAGGAGCUACAGAAAAUGAUGCUUGUUGCACUUGUGUACCGGAUAUUAGUGUGUUUUUAUGAGAUUGUGUGCAUUUGGGGAGCAGGAGGAGCCACUCCAGGGAAGUUUCUCGUCGGACUCAGAGUUGUCACGUGUGACUCAUCAGUUCUGGUUCAGCCUAACAGGGUGCUUGUAGUGCCAGCAACUAAUGUGUCCCUCUCUGCAUCAACUGUCCGGGCCUUGAACAAGAACUUUUCAAUUGCCUUCUUUUUCCCGGCCUUCAUCACACUUCUGUUCUUCCAGCACAACAGGACUGUGUAUGAUAUGGUAGCUGGUACAAUUGUCGUGAAGCGCUCUAGGAUCAGAUGACGUAGAAGGACCUAGAAGAGAGUCCUACAGUAACGCUGAGCAGGCACCGUGUGUGUGUUUCUUUAAAUGCCUGCAGAACUCAGACUUCAACCUUUCAAGGUAUUGUCAGAACACGCAGGAGCAUUAAGAUGGACGCAGCGAGUUUGAUACACAUCAGUAUGAACUAUUUCAGUUCCCAACAACUCGGGUUUGGUUUGUCUCAGACACAUACUGUAUCUCUGCAUGUAUUUCGACAUGCUGCUUUCAGAAACUGUUCCUGUGCCAAAUGUAUGUCUCCUUUUGAAGACAGGGAUGAUGAUGGUAUUUUCCAGAAUUUCAAUAACACAACAUUUGCCUCUUUUUAAAUACUAAUCUUCCAGAUUAAGGGUGAAUGUCUCGUAUCACAAGUAUUAAAGUUGGUAUUCAUGCAUUCUUGAGAUUAAACCUUCAGUAUCUCUUUAUAUUUAAAACUUUGUCUUAAGAUUUCAAUGCUCAGACCUUUUAACUUUAAGUCGCUGACCUUCAUCACUGCAGGAGUAAUGGAUCAUGAUCGGCUUUUGCAGCUGCUGAAUUCUAAGGCACAUUCAAAUGUAUUGAAAGGAAACGUGAACCUGAUCACAAUCGCUCUUCCUUCACUCUGACAGCAUGUGUGUGAUUGAAAAGUUAAUGGAUGACACAUUUUAUGUGAUUAACAGGUUUUUGCAUUUAAGAAAAUUAAAUGAAAUCCCCACUAUUUACCUGCAUGUUUGAGAUGUCUGUCUUUUACAAGCUUUUGAUACUAAUUAAGUGGCCUCGAUAUGGUCAUUUGUACGUUUUCCAUGUAGUAUGCCACAGUAAAAUUUUGUUUAAAUUGCUCUUUACUUCCACAGUAAGAAUUCGUGAAGAUAUUCCAGUCUGAUUUCUUUAAGAAAAUACAAUGCAUUGGUGUUUUUUCUCCCAGUUAAAUAUGUCACAAUAAAUUAACCUGAUUAUUAA